AUGCCACCCAUGUAUUCAUGGACUAAGAACCGAGGGAACACCAUGUUAAAGAGCAGCAUGAAUGUCUUACAUACCUUGGAUACAACAGGGGUGCUCAAUUUAAAGGAACUGGCCAUAUUACCACCCCUUAGCAGACCUUUUGUGAUUUUGAUAUCUAUAAAGUGCAACAAUGUCUUGCUCUCGAGUUCAUUGACGCCAGGGUUACAUUCUAGCUUAAAAGAGAUGAUUCAACGGUCAACAAUUUUCAAGAAUUUAAUGUAUAAGGUAUCAUAUACCGAUGUUUGUGAGAGAGACGUGUCCUUUGAGGUACAGUUGCUUGAUGAAUUGUACGACAUACCAACAAUUGAGGAUUUGUUCGUCUCUGCAGUAGAGCAGGAUAGCAUAAAUCGGUUGAGGAUGUCAACACUAAACAGGGUAUCCAUAUCAAUAGAGAUUUCAUCAUCUAAUUUCAGAGACUACUGGGGAAACGGUUCAAUCGUACAAGAUUUAAACUUCAUUAUGUUUCACAACUUCCAAAUGCUGGAGUUUCUGCUGCCUCUCUGUUUCAGUUAUGUUACUAGGAACACAUAUGGGGCAACAAAACCACUAUUACCGUUACUAAUACAAACAUGCUUGAAAAGUGAAGAGACAAGAAUCAUCGAACAGCGGGCCCUUCUUUCAGGUAUACUAAAGUCACUACUCUGUAGUCCAACAUGGGUCCAGCAUGUAAAUUCUUGGCAUCAUGGUAAAAUUAAACGACUGACAGGAGAACCGAGCGGAUUCACAGUUUGCUGGUUUGUUCCGCCUUUCCCUUAA